AGCCGAAGUAGCCAAAAGAUGUGGAGGUUUGCCAGUUUUGAUUGUCACAGUUGCAAGCACUUUACGGAAGAGUACUUUAGUGGAAUGGAAAGAUGCUCUGAGACGCCUUCAGACGUUUGAGAAGAGAGGAUCGACCAAGCAAGCUUUUUUGGCUCUAGAAUGGAGCUAUGAUCGACUGGAUGAUGAGGAGCUUAAGCCGUUGUUCUUGCUAUGUGGAGUUAUUUCAUGGAAGAACUCCAUCUUUCUCGAAGACUUGUUGAAAGUUACAAUGGGGUUGGAUUUGCUUAAAGAUGUUUGAUACAAUGGAUGAAGCACGAAAUUCAUUGCUUUCAUUGGUUAUAAAGCUUAAAGGUUAUUCUCUAUUGCUAGACCAUGAUGAUGACACAUCCGUCAGAAUACAUGAUCUUGUACAUGAUGUUGCCAUUGAUAUUGCAUCUAGGGAUGGACAACUCUUAUCAGUAGCAUGCGGAGAUGAGUUCAAAACUUGGCCCAAAAACUCAAAGUACAGCAAGAUCUCAACCAAAUCUGGCAGUCUUGUUGCACUUUCAGAUGCUUGGGAAUGCAAAAAAUUUGAAAUGUUCUAUUUGCGCUGUGAAGACAAGUACCGGUCACUCCGAGUCCCAAACAGUUUCUUCGCAAACAUGGAAGAACUCAAAGUGUUGGGUUUAAGAAAUGUGACUAUUAAUUUUACAUCUCUUAAGUUUUUGAAGAAUCUUCAGACGUUGUGUUUAGAGGAUUGCAUUGUGGAAGAAGACAUAGCUCUAGUUGGGGAGCUAAGGAAAUUAGGAAUUCUCAGCUUGGUAGACACCAAUAUUGAACAACUGACCGAUGAAAUUGGAGAAUUGAGUUGUCUGCAAUUGUUAGAUUUGACCGGUAGCUGUUCUCUUAAUGUGAUUGCACCUAAUGUUUUAUCAAGAUUGACAAGACUAGAAGACUUGAGAAUCAGACACAGCACUAACGGAUGGGAGGAUGAAGAUGAAGGUGAGAGAAGUAAUGCUAGUCUUUCGGAGCUCAAGCACUUGUCUCGACUAACAGCAUUGGAAAUACAUAUUCCAGAUCCUGAUAUGCUUCCAGAGGACUUGUUCUCCGUAAAACUAGAAAGAUUCCAUGUACUUAUUGGCAAUGCAGCCUAUGAGAAUGAACGGAGCAUGAACACCUUGGCUCUGCAGUUCACUACUGGCGACAAACUGGACGAAGGUCUAAAGACGUUGGUGAAGAAAUCUGAAGAUUUGAGCUUCAUGGGGGUAGAUAAUGCUAAUCAAAUUGCCCAAUUAUUAGACGGCGAAGCUGUUGGGAAAGUGAAGCAUCUUUAUCUCGGUGAACUAGAUUCUACAUACAUCACAAAUUCGAAGGUUGUGUUUACCAGUUUAACAACCUUGGAAGUGGUUAAGUGUCAUGGUAUAAAGAUCUUGUUAUCGUCUUCAGUGGCCAGAAGUUUAGAUCGACUCAGGACUCUCAAGAUUAGUAACUGUGGAAGCAUGGAGGAGAUAGUAUCCGAUUCAUCAUCAAUCUUUCCCAACUUGGAAGCUGCGGCCUUCGGUUCCAUAGAGAUGUGGAGUGGUCCAGUACCCCCAAUACAAUUUUGUACCAAACUCAGUGUGGUUCAAGUUGACGGCGCGACCUUCUCCAAGCACACUGCUUUCCUUGAGGAAUUACACAACCUUGAAACAAUAUUUGUGACGGACAGUGAAAACAAAGACAAGCAUUCUUGCAGAGAAAUAUUUGUGGAUGAAGUAAAUAAUAGUGGAGGGGAAAUACAUCCACUCGGGAUCCUCCCACAAGUUAAGAUACUGAAGAUCAGCGAUAUGAAUGAUCUUAUGAAUAUUGGGAAGGAGAGCUCUCAAUCAGCAGUUCCACUUUUUCCAAAAUUGGAGAAACUAAGCGUCAAGGAUUGUCCCAUCAGGGAGUGUAAAAGAAUGGGAGUAAUAGUGGCAAAUGAGGAAGGUGAUCAUGAGAUUGCUUUCAGGCGGUUGAAACAUUUGGACCUCCAAAAUCUACCAAGUCUCCGAGGACUUUGCUUGGGAAGCUGCAAUCUCAAGUUCCCUUCAUUAGAAACUUUAAGAAUAAGCAAGCGCCUCAAAUUGAAGCUUUUCCCCCAAGAUGAAUUGCUAUGCACAAUAAAUUACAAGUACGACACAGACGUUAAGAAUGCUCCUGUGGAUGGCGACGAUAGAGCUUAA